GUGACAGAGACACCCUCACGCUUGUGAAGUGAAGAGUUCCAGGGCCGAGAGAAACAACUUCAAACACCAAACGCGAUACUUUGGUAUUGUUUAUUUUUAUUCAAAAACUUUUUUGUUUUUUUCAAAAGUGAAAACUUUUAGCAAUGACCUGUACCGAAGACAAGUUUGAACACGACAAUACCUGCUGCGAUAAAUGUCCAGAAGGGACACAUGUUUCAAAGUACUGUACACCAAGUUCACCAACAGAGUGUACACAGUGUAAUAAUGGCUACUACACCGAGAAUAAGAAUUAUGUGAAUUCAUGUUUAAAGUGCAGUACCUCAUGUAACUCUGACGGUCAAGUGGUAAAGAAGGACUGUACAUUAACAAGUGACCGAACAUGUGGGUGUAAAGAUGACCACUACUGUACCAUUAAAAGUGUAAAAUUUGAAGAUCACUGUGGGAAAUGUGAGGCAUUCAACCGCUGCGAACCAGGAUAUGGAGUUUCUGUUCCACCCAACGAAACACAGAACACAGAGUGUGAGCCCUGUCCAGCAGGAACCUUCAACAACAAGACGGAUUAUCACACACCAUGUUACAAUCACACAAGAUGUGCCGAUUUGGGUCGUGUGGAGUUAACAGCUGGAACAGAAACAGCAGAUGCUACAUGUGGAGGUUUUUCUCCUGUUUGUUCUUGGGUGGUUCCUGCUAGUUUGUGGGCGGGGCUAACCCUGACCAUCAUCGUCGUUAUUAUUGGAGUUAUGUGUGUGAAGUGUAAGCGCAGAAGAAAAGCAGUGAUUACAGUGGCAAGUUCAGAGCAAUUCAUCUCACCAGUUCUUCCUCCAGACGUCAUCAAACAUCCGAGAAGCCCACAGAUAGAGACGAUCACUUACAACAGUAAGCCGUGUGCUGAGGAACACGAGUGCUCUCUCGAGUGUGACGGCAUCUCUGUGACCGCGGAUUCGGAGAAGCGUGGCGCGUUCUCCAUCCCGGACACGUGCAUGAUGUUCAUGAGCGAUCCCUACAAGUCUGAGCCGCAGGAGGACGACUGGCCCUGAACGCGACACGCCCUCGGGUUCUCCAGCUCCUCUCUCUUUUACUAUUCAGACUCUCACUGUUCAGUUUAAGGAUUGUGUGUGUGUGUGUGUGUGUGUGUGUGUGUGUGUGUGUAUUACCCACAAUGGAGGAGUUGUUACCUGGAACACACAGCUGGAGUUCUGACGCGUUUGAGAUCUCCGUGUUCUCAUGAUGAACGUUUAGAUCACAUCCCAUUUUACUCAGAACGAGAGCUCGCGGUUUUAGUUACAGCGUGUAAAUCAAGCUACUGAUUUUAGGGUUUAUUUAUUUAUUUUUUGAUGAUGCUUGUAUUAAUUUUGUGGUUGUAUGAGUAUGAGUUGUAUGACUUCUUUUCAUUAUGAAUCUUUCGGGCAUUGUGUUCGUUUCUGAAGCUGAUUUUAUAACAGUAACGACUGAUUUUUAUUCAUUCGCUACAAUUAUUUACUGUUAAAAAUGUCACAAUUAAUUAAAAUAAAUCUGA